AAACCCUUGCCUACGCCUAGCACAUUCUUGCUGGACAAACAAUGUGAGGUUUAGUUCUUCUUCUUCCUCCCAAGUUUGAUUUAGUGAUUUAUGAGCUCAUGAUUCUUAAAUUGAUGAUUCAAAACUAGAUCUAGCUGUUGAUAUUCCCCAAUUUUUUUGGUCCAUGUUGGGUUCUUGAGCAGUGUAGGAGGUCACCAUCUUUCCAACAUUUUCGGUGAAAACUCUGCUACAAGUUCAAUCCCUAUAGGCGAACUACAUUGGCAGCCUGACCUUCCAUUAAUAUUUUGGCCAUAACUCCCUCUGUAGAUGUCGGAUUAAGCUUUUUAGCUGUUGUUUUCAUGUUCUAAAACCCUUUGUAUUGCUUUACUUUGGCUGCCUUUUUUGUUGCUUAAAUGUUGUCCAUUUUUGCCUAGUUCCAGCUUGUGUUUUAUCCUGUUUUGUUGCUGUCUUUUUGCCCAAAAAUCCCUGCUGUUUAGGGCUUAUUCCAAGCAUUUUGGAAACUGUUUUAAAUGGAAAAAACCCCCACUUUGCUACCUAAUACUUCUGCUCAUAUGAACAUGUUCUUCCUGUUUCUUAAUUAGUUUAAAAUAAAAGACUAUAACCCACACUUACCCUAUAUGGCUCUAAGUUACUAAGAUGAAACUUGAUAGAUUUUCUUGUUGUUCUUCUCCUACUGCUGCUCGGCUAAAAAAAAUGUCAAUAUCUAACAAUAACAUAGGCCAUAACCACGGUAGUUAUUAUCUAACCUAUAAUUAGCAGCGCAAAAGACAUCUUGAAUUCAAGCGAUAUGGGGUUGAGUCAUGGUUUGAGCUUAGAAAGAUCUUUUUUACAUUUUAGGGAAUUUUUUUGGUGGUCAAGUAGCUUAAUUGUUAUUAAUUUUACUUCUAAUUGGGGUCAAAUAGCUAAUUUAUUAUUAUUUUUAAUUGUAAUAGCCCUCUAGCUUUGGAUAUGACCCAACAUGGUUUUUAAUACUAAAAUAUACCUUAGUAAUGCAUGGAUUUAUAUGGCUUUGUGGAAUCAUGGACCCCUUAUUUGGACAAACAACAAAUUGUGAGGAACUUGAAUUUGGAACUUUGAAGGAGCUAGAGAAUAAUAGUAGGAUUACUUUGUGAGUGGAUCAUAAUUUCAUUAUACUUAAAUUAUUUAAAUAAUUUAUCAUGUAAAAUUACAUAAUUUUUAUUUUUUAAAAUUUAAUGUCUGAAUGAAAUACUAAAAACAUUGGCUUGAAGGGUUUGAUGCCUACUGUGAACCUUAUGAUGAUUUCAAGUCUUUAAGGUUGUUGACCUCACAAAGGAGGAUAAAUAUUUCGGGUGUUUAAAAGCAAGAAUUCUUCUAAUGUAGUUUUGCAGAAGUAAAUCUUCAUAGCAAGCAAUAGUUUUCUUUAUGUUUCUUCUGGUAACAGUGUGAGAUGGAUAAUUCCCAAUAGCAUGAACUACAAAAAUUUGAGGAAUUUGUUGAUUGUCACUUUAAACAAAACUUUAUUUGUGCAAUUGUUUAUUGGGAUAAAGAUUUUGGAUCACAAAAGCUUUUCUCAGAAUUGUAAAGAAAAAUAAAAAAUUUAGAAAAAAUAACGUAACUAGUCUAUGAUGUUGUUCAAUCAUGGACCAAUAGUCUACAUGUAAAUAGAAGUGGUAAAUACAUGACAUACUUUUGUGGAUAUUGGGCUUGGAUGUCAUCUGGUCCAAAGCUUUGAACUUCAUAUCAUUGAGGGAGGAAAAGUUAGAAAGGCAAGUGGUGGGGAGGGCCUUGGAGGGGUUCACACAACUAAUUACAUCAAUUAAAGCCCAAAUUAAAAUGGUAUGUGAAGGAAUUCGAGAAUCGCUUAAGAUUAGCAAGAUAGAUUUGCAUAAGCGUGCAUUUUUUAGAGUUAGGGAAUGCUUUAGUGAUUACAAAAUUGAGUUUGAGUUUUGAGCUUAGUUAAAUUGAGUUUGAAUCUUGAGAUGUUUUGAAAGGGUUUGGUAAAUGAGAGAGUUAUCUAAUGUUGUAGGGUCCAUCAUGCACUAAAAUAACGAGUGCAUUUCUUAGUAUGUAUAUAUUGAAUGUGUAAUCUGUUCUAUCUUGUUUGUUUUUUAAUUUGUGGCUUUCUUUGAGAAUUAAUUAUUUGUUACCUU